AUGACCUGCUUCGAAUGCUGUCAUCUGUUGGAAGUCGCAGGGACGUCUGCGGGCUGUGCCCGUGAUUGUUACGAUGCGGAAAGGAAAAAAAGAGCUGUAACCAACAGGCCACCGCUUUUCAAUUCCACUCAAUACAUUACAAAUGUACCGGAAGAAUUACCUCCAGGAGUUGUCCUAUCUGUUGGAAUAUUUGCUGUUGAUCCAGAUGAUAGAGAUAUGGGAAAGAUUACUUAUUCAUUAUUUGCUACCAAAGAUCAAAGAAGUCAGAGCAUGUUUGAAAUUAAUCCUGCUGAUGGAAAGAUAACAACCAGUCAGAAGUUAGAUAGAGAAUCGAUGCCUGUGCAUUAUUUCAAAGUUGUUGCCACUGAUUCUGGUAAACCUCGACGCAGUUCAGAUGUUUCUUUAAUUAUUUAUGUGCAAGAUGUGAAUGAUCAUUUUCCUAAGUUUGAACAAAAUUUGUAUACAAAAAUUAUUUUUGAAAAUGUUGGUGUAGGAAGUGAAGUUGUAACUGUUCAUGCAAGUGAUGAAGAUCCAGAUGAGAAUGGAGAAAUAAUUUACAAAAUUAUUAAUAAUGGAGACAUUGAAAAUGUCUUUGAAAUUGAUCCCCAGCUGGGCAUCUUAACAACCAGUGCUCAGUUGGACAGAGAAAAAAAAGACUUCUAUGAGUUGAAAGUGCUGGCUAUGGACAGUUCAGUUCAAGAUAUCAGAUUGAGUUCCACAGUUAAUGUUGAAAUAACAAUUCAAGAUGAAAAUGACAACAGACCUCAGUUCAAGAAUGGAUCAUAUCAAUACAAGAUUAAAGAAGAUUAUGACUACAUAGCGAAUCCUGUGAUUGGCAUUGUUGAUGCAACUGAUGUUGAUGCUGGAAACAAUGGCUUGGUGAGAUAUUCAAUCACAAGUGGUAAUUCAUUGAAUCAUUUCGUCAUAGAUCCAAACGAUGGUACAUUGUCAUUAGUGCACCCACUAGACCAUGAGAAAGUUCCUUCCUACAGACUUUCAGUGAAGGCUCAAGACAGUGGACAACCAGCAAUGAGUAACAACACUGUCGUGCACAUUGACGUUCUUGAUGUCAAUGAUAAUGAACCAAAAUUUGACAUGCUAGCUUACCAAGAAACUAUCAUAGAGAACAUUCCCAUUGGAACAACCGUCUUAAAAGUUAAUGCUUAUGAUGCUGAUUCUAAUCUUUUUGGAAAAAUCAAUUACACAUUACUUAGCGAUGAUUUUCUGCCACUUGAAAUUAAUGAUUUAGGAGUCAUUGUUACUAUGGAUGAAAUAGAUCGAGAACAGCAGGCUGAAUACUCUUUUGAUGUGGUGGCUUGUGACAAUGGCGAAACACAGAAAUGUUCUCAAGCGUCAGUUAGAUUGACAAUAAGAGAUUUGAAUGACAAUGCUCCAAAAUUUGAGCAGAAAGUAUACAAUUCCUCUAUUUCUGAGGAAUCUCCACUGGGUUCUCUCGUUGAAACAGUGAGAGCCAUUGACGUAGAUGAGGAAGCAAAUGGAAGAGUGACAUACAAAAUAUUAUCAGGGAAUGAUAGGGGAUCGUUCAGUCUCAUCACACAAAUGGGUUACGGCACACUGAGCAUUGCAAAGUCAUUAAAUUACAAACAACAAAAUCAAUACAUUUUAGUUAUUUGUGCCACAGAUUCUCUUUUCAACGACACAACAACUGUUUAUAUCUCAAUUACUGAUGCCAACUUAAAUAGGCCAUAUUUCAUAGGAACUCCGUAUCAUUUUAAAAUUUCAGAAGAUACUGCAACUGGCCAGGUAGUUUUUAAUGUAACUGCCAGUGAUUUAGACUCCGGUGAAAAUGCCAGGAUAUCGUAUUUUUUAAACGUCAACGAUUAUUUUUCAAUUAGUGAAAACACUGGCGAAAUAAAACUGAAGCACUCAUUGGAUAGAGAAACGUCAUCUUCUCAUACUCUCACAGUGACGGCCACAGAUCACGGUAGACCUCCUAAAACGGAGUAUGCAGAUGUUGAGGUCGUUGUCUUGGAUGCAAAUGACAACCCGCCUACAUUCCUAAAACAGUUUUACAAGGGAUCGAUCCUUGAGGAUGCCAACGUUGGUAGCAGCGUUGUUACAGUGCAGGCUAGAGAUGCUGAUGAAGGAGUCAAUAAAAGAAUAAAAUAUAGUUUGAUUAAUCAUUUGGAAGAGUUUAAAAUUGAUUCAUCACUUGGGAUAAUAAGAACGAUUAAAGACCUGGAUAGGGAAAAAACACAUGAGUACAAACUUGUGGUGCUAGCUAGUGAUGGAGGUAAGGUAUCGUUAACAUCAUCAACUACAGUCACCAUUGAUGUAUUGGACGUCAACGACAAUGCUCCUGUUUUUGAAAGAGCAAAUUUAGUGUUUCAUGUGAAAGAAAAUGUUCCUCUAUCAACGUUGGUUGGAGAAAUUAAUGCACACGAUUCUGAUGAGGGCGCAAAUGCAGUUGUCGAAUAUUUCCUCCUGCCCGAGAUGGAUUAUGAACAUUUCAAACUGAUCCCAUCACCUUCAGCAAACAUUGCAACGUUGGAGACAGAUACUGAAUUAGAUUUUGAGAGUGACAGAAAUGAAUUUUUGUUGAACGUACGAGCUCGAUCGAAUCAUCUCUUCACAGAUGCCCUGGUCAAAAUCAUUGUCACAGAUGUUAAUGACAACAUCCCCAUCGUAAAUGAUUUCACGGUGCUGUACAAUAACUACAAAGAUAAUUUCAAUUCUGGUAUGAUCGGUGUUGUCCCGGCUCGCGAUCCGGAUGUCACUGAUAGACUGAAGUUCAAGUUUGUGCAGGGAAAUGAAGGGAGGUUGAUUCAUUUGAAUGAAACUUCAGGAAUGAUGAGGUUGAAUCCAAGAUUGAACUCCGACAUGCCUACCAAUGCUACUCUACUUCUCAGUGUAACUGACGGAUUGAAUGAAGUUCGAGUGCUCUGUCACAUUGAGGUUCGGCUAGUCACUGACGAAAUGCUCCAAAACAGCGUCGUACUCCACUUGCUCCAGAUCAACCAGCGCCUCUUCCUUGGACCUCCCUAUCAUGCAUUUGUGUCUGCACUGGCUGCCAUUGUCUCAACCACAGCCGAUAAUAUCUACGUUAUCGAUGUUGCUAAUGAUUCUCUUAAUUCAAAGAAGGAUAAUUUAGUAAUGAACGUGACAUUGGCUGUGAAGGAGAGGGUUGAGUAUGGUAGGGACAUCUUCUACAGUGGUAAGGUACUCAGGGAGAGAAUAUACACCCACAUGUCACUUCUUCAGAAGUUGUCUCUCAUACAGGUCCUUCCUUUUGACGACGACGACAUCUGCCACAGGGAACCCUGCCUCAACUUUGAAGAUUGUCACGUGACAUUUGAAUUUUCCGGCGCUACGAACAUGGCGAACAAUGAAUUCAUGUUCUACAGAAGUGUUCACACUCGUUCUCAUUUCUCGUGCUCUUGCCGACGAGGGUUUACAGGUAAGGAGUACGACAACAUGUGCGACAUGGAGGUAGAUCUCUGUUACUCCUCCCCCUGCCUCAACAACGCCACCUGUCUGACAGUUGAGGCUGGCCACAAGUGUCUCUGUCCUUUUCAGUAUGCUGGUGUCCACUGCGAAAUUGAUCUGACCGUCACGUCAAGUAACAAAAUGCUUCUCACUGGAACUUCCAACUCUGUAACCGACCUUGCAAACAUUCCAUGUCCAGCUGAGCAGAAGAAUUUUUGCAAACAUCCGUCCAGCUGUUUCCUCGUUAAAACAUGCCCACUCCAGACGCAUCGUCAACAAGAUCACCAAGAACAAACGCUUCCACAGUGUUCAUAUGUUGCUUGUUGUUUGAUAUGCGACCAAACCAGCUGCCACGAUUGUGCUAAUAAGCCAGGUUACACGAAGUUCUGUGAACUUCGAGUGAGAAGUUUUGGAGGCAAAACCCAUGGUAAAGACGAAGAUGUCGAUGAUGAUGUUGAUGAAAUAAGAAGCGGUCGUCAUCAUGUUGGUGCAUCCUAUAUUGCUUUUCCAGCAGAUGGGCUGUUGUUCUACAAUGGAAGAUACAACAAACAUCACUUGGACUUCAUCAUGUUGAGGAUGGUCGGUGGACAAUUGAAGUUUUCGUUCUCCCUCGGUUCACACCAAGUAACGACUGUUCACUCUCAUGUUGAGAACAGGGUGAACACGGGCAGGUGGAUUCAGUUGAACAUCAUCUAUUAUAAUGGGACUGCCACUCUUAUAGUUGGAGAGGAUUGUGAUGCUCAACUGUUACUGAAGAAGGAAGCCCACCUUGAUGAGCAUUCAUGCGCUCAGCAAGCAACACAACAUUUAGAUGGCAGAUGCAGUGACGUAACAGAACUCUGCCAUCGCCAUCUUGAUCUCACUGGUCCAUUCUACGUUGGAGGCUUGCCUGACGACGACAACCUCCGCAGCCACCUGCUCCAGAUGCUCGCAGUCGAUGGAAGUGAAAACAAUCAACAUGAGGGCCACCCUGUGGAUGUUUCAGACGAUGAUGUUGAAGAGACUGCUGAAGUUGGAUCAUCUGAAGCACAAAAUUUUAAACGUGCAAAACGAGUUUGUAGAUCACUGUGGAGCGACUUCAUUUGCGAUUGUGAGGAUGGAUUUUCUGGAAAGACAUGUAACAACUCAGGCCAGCAUGGACUGCCCCUUAUCGUCUACCCCUGGAUGGUGGCUCUUCAUUUCAGGACGACCCAUCGAAAUGGUGUGCUGCUUGCUGUCCAGUUAAACAAACUUCAUGGAAAUGAUGACGAACAGAAUGCUGACCAUCAUUAUGAUCAUUUGAUCCUGCAGGUAAAAAAUGGGUUUUUACAAUGUAGGAUGCCAUUUUCGUCUUCGUCGUCUUCGUCACCGUUGUUAUCCAUGGACGUGGUCAGCAGCGGCAUAAAUGAUGGUCAGUGGCAUCACGUGCUAGUAACUUGGAAUGCUUCUUGCGUCACCUUUCAACUCGAUUACUCAUCUGCCAAAGUCAGCUAUUCCCUGACCGAUCAGCUGACUGGUUAUCGGGUCAAGGACAUCUCAGUUGGUGCGUUACUUAAAGGUGAAGGUGAACAGGUGGUAGCUACUGAAGGUUUCAUUGGAUGUUUCAAGCUAUUGAGGGUAGGUGGCAACAUGAACAUGCCGUUUGUGGAGAGGAUGCUACAUGACGUUACUGAAGGGUGCCAUGCCAGCAACAGGUGCAUGGAAGAAUCAGGCAAUGUUGAGGUGGAAGGCAGUGUGAAGAAAUGCAACAACGCAACUUCAGUUUGUGUUGACGUGUUUGACACGCUGGAAUGCGUUUGUGAUAGAGGUUUCCAAGGUGAGAAUUGCAAAAGUGUGUGUGACCUCGGCAGGCAUGCUUGUCAAGAAGGAGUUACGAAAUGUGUUCAGAACAGUACAACAUUUUAUGGAUACGAAUGUGUGACAGAAAAUAUCUUGCUGCUACAACAUCAACUCACCAUGCAACAGCAACAACAGCAGCAACAGAUGCAGCAGCUGUUGUUGAAGCUGCAACAGCUGCACUCUUUGAAACAACACAAGUCCCACGUCACUUUCGAUGUGCAACAUCGGUUCAACUUGCAUCAGUUGUUAUUCUAUCAACGUUUGUUGCAACGAGCACAAGAACUUCAACAAACUUAUCAACAUCGACAGCAUGAACAACAGCAACAAAAAUGUCCGCCAUCUUGGUGGGGGUGGCCCACGUGUGGCCCAUGCAACUGCCAAUCAAACAAGGGGUUCAGUUCCAACUGCGAUCAGAAAACUGGCACUUGUUUUUGUAAGGCAAACCAUUAUUUGCGUGGAUCUUCAUGCUUGCCGUGUGACUGCUACAGAGAAGGUUCUAUGUCCUUCCAGUGCGAUAUCCUGUCGGGUCAGUGUCCUUGUCGAGCUGACAUCAUCGGAAGGCAGUGUGACAGGUGUAGUGAUCUGACGGCGGAAGUUACUGGCGAUGGUUGCCAAGCAGUUGUUGGUGCGUGUCCUCGAUCGUUCCACUCAUCCGUCUGGUGGCAGAGGAGUCCCUUCAACGCCACCAUCGUUGGUCCAUGCCCUCCAAGGAUGGUUGGCAUGGCAACGAGGCACUGCAGUCACAAUCAGGGAUGGCACGACAGUGAUGUCACUAAUUGCACUUCGGAACUUUUUGUUGACCUUGAAAAAGUGCGCUUGAAUCACUCCACAUGUCUCGUCCACGAUUGGCCACUGAAGAGAACGUCCUUGACAUUGAACGACUUGAACGUGACCUUCAAACUGUUGAGCAGUGUUACUGAAACGAAUUACUUCAUACUGUUAAAGUGGCAGUUGAAACAUUUGCAGAACCUGGUGAACACGUUAGGAAGAACAUUGCAUGCUGAUUAUUUCAAACUUUGGACGUCAAUCAACGAGAAGGAGCAAAACUCGACGAUUACGUUGUUGAUGAAUGUCUUCAGAUACGUUGACAACAUGGUCCUCAACAUGCCCAUCAUCUUCACGCAACCCUUUGAUACUGUUCACAAGGAUAUAGGUGGUACUGAUAAGUUGAUAAUGCUUGGAUUGGAUUGGGUGGAUGGUUCACGUCUCCCAUCAUCAUCGUCGUCGUCGUCAUCAUCAUCAUCAUCUGACGUCAUCACCAUCCUACCGAAGUUCAACAACAAGGUCAAACAAAAAGAGGUUGUCGCCAUGGAUACGUUCGUCCAGUUGAACUUCAACUCCCCUGAUUCGCAUGGUGGUCAACAAACACUUCUAACCGAGACAAUUGAACGCCCUGCAGACCACCAAAUGUUGAAGUCUCAACAUGGCCCUUCACUGUACAUUGGUUACAUCAUCUUCAAAUCUCUGGCUCACAUCUUGCCUAAGAAAUACGAUGAUAAGUUCAGACGGUCGCACGUGACGUCAUCAUCGGUCAUCAACUCACCCGUCAUCUACCUGUCCGUUUAUAAUGCGUCAUCAUCGUCGUCGUCAUCAUCGUUAUCAGGGUCACUGACCAUAGAAUUUAAAUCGGUACCAAAGAAUAAAUACACAAAACCGAGGUGCAUCAGCUUAUGGAACGGCGUGUGGACGAACAAGUUUUGCAAGCUGUUGAAUGAUGAUGACGUGAGUUACAGCACUUGCUCGUGCAAACAUUCAUCUGCAUUUGCUGUCAUGACGGAACCAACUUUCGAUGUUACCAAAACAGCAGGUCCAUUCAUAAUGGAUGUCUCCUUGUACGUCGGCAUUCCACUCUCUCUCCUCUUCUUCCUCGUCGCGUUUGUCACCUUCAGUUUCAUCAACUUCGUUUCCACGCGGAACAUCAGCAAUGCCAUCAACAUGCACCUGACAGGCACCUUGUUCAUCACUUACUUAAUAUUUCUGAUAGGAAUUGAUAAAGUUGAACACAGGGUGAUUUAA